CAAUGCCCGGCGGGUGUCAUGGCGGCGGUAGCGGUUCCUUGACGGAGCGGAGCCUCUGAAGAGAACAGCGGCCGGGUCAAUGGCCGGUCUCUUGGGCAAAGCGUGGCUCGGCCUGGUGAGCGUAGGCCGCAGGCCUUGCUCGGGCCGCCAAGCAGCUUUUGCCUUUCUGCAAAAUGACUGCCUCCCCAGAGUUACCCACUCACUUGCUAGUCACCACAGCCGUACUUCAGCUUUAGGAAGGAUGUAUGGUGUCCUGAAACAAGAAACUGAAGGUAUCGUUGGAGAAUACCCACCUGCUGUCACUGUGAGUAAGGCUGAGCAGGAUGAUCUCCUCCUCCUCCAGCCAGACCAGCCUGUAAACUCACGAGUGCUCCGGGUCGCCAUUAUUGGGGCUCCGAAUGCUGGUAAAUCCACCCUGUCCAACCAACUUCUUCGCAGAAAGGUCUUUCCUGUUUCAAGCAAAGUUCAUACAACACGCCGUCGAGCUCAAGGAGUCAUCACUGAUGGAGCGACGCAAAUUGUUCUUCUGGACACCCCUGGUCUCGUUCCUGCCAUCAAAGGAAAAAGGCACAACCUGGAGAAGUCAUUGCUGGUUGACCCCUGGCACUCAGUGGAAAAGGCAGACUUGGUGCUUGUUUUGGUGGAUGUCUCAGACCACUGGACACGCAACCAACUCCACGCUGAAUUGUUGAAAUGCCUUACAACAUAUUCCCAAGUGCCAGCAGUUCUGGUCCUGAACAAGGUGGACCGAUUAAAGAAUAAAGGCCUCCUCCUGGAUUUGACAGCCAGGCUGACUGAGGGAGUAGUCAACGAUAAGAAACUGAAAAUAAAAUCCAAGUUCAAUUCUCUGCCGCAGCAGAGCGUGCCAUCUGGAAAAGGCAGAACCGGGAAGAGCAAGUGUGGGAAUGUUGGUGAGACAGCAGUUGAAUCUGGGGCCGUGGACAACGUGGCAGUUAUGCGUGAGAGAACCCUCCCUGCCUGUUCGCAGGGAAACCCCGAAUUGCCUCGGGUAAGCAUAUCUGUUGACCACACCUCUGGCAGUGACAGCAACACGCAACCACCAGCCAGUCCAGACACCAAGCAGGAGCAGCAGUUAACCGACCCGUGCAGGAAUUUGGGGGGUUUGAAGAAUCAGCGAGGGUGGCCUCACUUCAAGGAAGUGUUUAUGCUUUCUGCUGUCAGCGGAGAGGAAGUGGAAACUCUGCAGCGGUACCUGAUAUCAAAGGCCAGGCCAGGAUCCUGGGAUUAUCACAGUGCAGUCCUCACUGACCAAUCACCCCAGGAAAUCUGCUGUAAUCUGAUCCGCGAGCGGUUAUUGGAAUACCUGCCUCAAGAGGUGCCAUACAACAUUGUUCAGAGCACUGAACUGUGGGAAGAAGGACCAAGUGGGGAACUCCGAAUUCUACAGAACAUCAUAGUCGCCAGAAAGAACCAUGCGAAAUUGUUAAUUGGUCAGGGAGGUCAGCUGAUCGCUAAAAUUGCCCAGGACGUGGGCCAGGAUCUAAUGAACGUCUUUGUCUGUGACGUACAGUUGAAGCUGUGUGUGAAAGUGAACAAGUGACUCUGCCAUUCAUUGCUGCCUUUCAGAAAUGACUUCUUGCUGCCCCUACCUGAACUCAUCCCCUGAGCAUACAGUUUCCUCUGUGAUUGUGAUCCACUUCUAGUCGACCUUCUGUCAUCUCUCUGAGCCACAUGCCCGUUGUGAAAGGGCGCUGGAGCUUGCUGGGAGCAUGGAUCAAGGCUCUUAUUUUGAGGAGCCCUAUUUUAAUAAUGCAUUGUUGGCAAGCACUUCUUGUUGCUGAAGCAAAUGUGACCGAAACAAACUGUGGGGUGGAGUAAAAAGUGGCACGAUGCUGGUGGAUCACAGGUCCUGCUGUUCUGAGGUGUUUUCCUGUGACCAUGUCGGACCAGGAGGCCUGAGGAAGAGGUAACGCUGUUGGUGUGCUGAGUUUAAAGUAGUGUUCUCAGCAUGUGACUCUCACUGAGUGAUUGGCAUUUAUUGCCUGCCUGUAGCAAUCAGAGAUGGGAAUUAGAUUAAACCUGAGGAGUUUGCUACGAUGCUUCAGAGUUGGGGGUGGGCGGGAGUUAGUUAGCUCAGUUGAUUAGACAGUUGGUUUGAAAUGCAGAGUGACGCCAACAGCCUGGGUUCAAACCCUGCACAGGCUGAAGGUACCAUGAAGGACUCUCCACUCCAACCUCUCCCCUAGCCAGAGGUAUGGUGACCAUCAGGUUAGACCACCGCCUGUUCUCUCUCUCUCUAUGUCUCUGUCUCUCUCUCUCUCUCUCUCUCUCUCUCUCUCUCUCUCUCUGUGUCUCUCUCUCUGUGUGUCUUUCUCUCUGUGUGUCUUUCUCUCUGUGUGUCUUUCUCUCUGUGUGUCUUUCUCUCUGUGUGUCUUUCUCUCUGUGUGUCUUUCUCUCUGUGUGUCUUUCUCUCUGUGUGUCUUUCUCUCUGUGUGUCUUUCUCUCUGUGUGUCUUUCUCUCUGUGUGUCUUUCUCUCUGUGUGUCUUUCUCUCUGUGUGUCUUUCUCUCUGUGUGUCUUUCUCUCUGUGUGUCUUUCUCUCUGUGUGUCUUUCUCUCUGUGUGUCUUUCUCUCUGUGUGUCUUUCUCUCUGUGUGUCUUUCUCUCUGUGUGUCUUUCUCUCUGUGUGUCUUUCUCUCUGUGUGUCUUUCUCUCUGUGUGUCUCUCUCUCUGUGUGUCUCUCUCUCUCUGUGUCUCUCUCUCUCUGUGUCUCUCUCUCUGUGUGUCUCUCUCUCUGUGUGUCUCUCUCUCUGUGUGUCUCUCUCUCUGUGUGUCUCUCUCUCUCUGUGUGUCUCUCUCUCUCUGUGUGUCUCUCUCUCUCUGUGUGUCUCUCUCUCUCUCUCUGUGUGUCUCUCUCUCUCUCUCUGUGUGUGUCUCUCUCUCUCUCUGUGUGUCUCUCUCUCUCUCUCUCUGUGUGUCUCUCUCUCUCUCUCUGUGUGUCUCUCUCUGUGUG